GUUUAUUUUGAACCACAAGGGAAUGUGAUGUUGCUUUGCAGAGUGUCAAUUUUGACGAUUUCAAUUGUUACAUCAUUUAUUUCUAAUGUGGAUCUGAAAGGGUCAGGAUACAUUUUUAAUAAUGAAUUUGCACGAUUAAUUGAUGGUAAUACCUCCUGGUUAAAACUGACAUAUUUCACCUUUGGUCCGUAUAAUCGUACAGUAAAAACAGCAAACGUUGAAUUAGAACUCUUUAUGGACGUAACCAAAGAAAAUGAUGUAAUGGCGCAUUUAAGUUUUUUCAUUUUUAAAAAUAAUGAAUAUAAGAAGACACCAAUCAGUUUUCCAAAAAAAGUUUGUGAUGUUCUGGGAACCAGAUAUUUCGAUCUACCAAACAUAACAAAGAACUCAACUUUUAAAGCUUGCCCGGUACUAAAGGGCCACCAAUAUGCGUAUGAUAUAAUGUUAACAUCUAAUGGAUGGCCUAAAUUCUUGCCAGAAGGACGAUUUUUAGUAGAAUUAGAUUACGUGUAUAAAGACGAGCAUAUUGCCAAAAUUGAGUGGUUUCUAGAAAUUAUUGCUGUUUAGCUAUUUUAGUUUUUUUCUGACUUUGAUGACAAUAAAGAAGUAAAAUAAUGCGAUGUAUACUAUUUCUUUUUAGAUAGACCUUGUCCUUUUGGAAAAAAACUAUAGUAGAUAACGAUAACGUAAAGCAAAAAAAUAAUGUGUACGUACUUUGUAAGCACGUAGGAAGUACACUUCUAUUAUAUGAUUUCAACGAAAUAAAAUAUUUUAAAUAGUU